ACUUUUUUUUUCAGAUACUUCUCCCUCUUCCUCUUGUCUUUCCCUCCCUUCCUUCUCUGCACUUCUUCUUCUUCUUCACUAAUUGCAGAAGGUGAACGAAUCCCCAAAAAGGACUACAAUACAACUGCCAAGGCACGGCUCAGUUGGACGUUCAAGGCCCGGCAUCUUCUCACCGCCGACGCAGUGACACCAUUCCCAACUUAAUUUACUUUCAUUCUUUUAUAUAAACAAAGAAAUACAUUUUGCAUUUUAUAUAUAGAUAAAGGUCAACAGCUCCCGUUUUCCUCUCCCUCUCUGUCCUCCACCUUCUCUCCUCUUCAAAACUCACCCUUUUACCUUUCCUUUCCUCUUACUCUUUCCUUUCUUUCCCUUUGUUUCACUUUCUUCCCAACUCGCCAAAAAAUCUAUCUUCCUAGUUCUUCCACAUUUUGCUCUUUUCUCAGCUUGUCCAUGGAAAAGGAGGCGUUUUUCGGCAAUUCAACUGUAAUAAACUGGCAAAUGCGAUCCCCUGAUGCCGCUGCUUCGCUUCCCAACAUGAACUCCGGUCAUGUCAACAUCGUUUGGGACCAAACGAUAGAUCAAAGCGCCAAAUUUGGCUCGGCCCUCAGCUCUCUUGUCUCUUCACCGUCCUCUAAUCCUCCGGCCGCCCCCGGAGGAGGUGAUAGUGUGGUAAUCCGCGAGCUUAUUGGCCGGCUGGGAAGCAUUUGCAACUCCGACGAGAUCUCCGCGCCUUCUCCUCACUACCAUAGCGCCAACAAUUCUUGCUAUAGUACUCCGAUGAAUUCCCCUCCCAAACUUAAUCUCUCCAUUUUCCCAAAUCCAGCUCAUAUGCCCUUCUCCGCUGACCCCGGCUUCGUUGAAAGGGCGGCAAGAUGUUCAACCUUUGGUUGCAGUGGAGGGGGGAGCCAUGGCGGAGAACAGUUUAUCUUCCCGGAGGUCGGGAAGCUAGGAAAUGCUCCGGAGGAGUCGUGUGGUUCUGGUAAUGCAAAGAAAAGAAAGGCGGUGAUGAAAGGGAAAGGAAAGGAGGCUCCUUUGUCAUCCUCCAUCACUGCGGUCACCAACCCUCCCAAGAAGGCAUCAGUAGGAGGCUUGAAUACAAAGAGAAGCAAGCCCUCAGAAAAAACUGGAAUUGAGGAGGAGUCAGCUAGACAGGACGGGGAUGCCGCCUCCAAGAAAAUGGAGGAAGAAAAAAUCGCUAAGCCACCGGAGGCAGUGAAGGACUACAUUCAUGUGCGAGCAAGAAGAGGCCAAGCCACUGAUAGCCAUAGCCUCGCAGAGAGGGUUAGAAGAGAGAAGAUUAGUGAAAGGAUGAAACUUUUACAAGAUCUUGUGCCUGGUUGCAGUAAGGUGACAGGGAAGGCAGUAAUGCUUGAUGAAAUUAUUAACUACGUACAGUUGUUACAACGACAAGUUGAGUUCCUUUCUAUGAAGCUUGCCACUGUAAAUCCUCAGAUAGACUUUAACAUGGAAAAUUUUGUCAACAAAGAUAUGGAGAUUCAUCAAAACUGUGGGCUUCUGCCACCACAACCAGUGUACCCAUUGGAGGCGACUGCAAGCUCAUUUUCUUUUGCGAACCUGCCUGAGAGAACCCCGUUGAUCUCCAUUAAUGGCCUCGAGCUCCAGAGCCAAGUGAACCCCUUCAGCCAGCCAAACCUAAGUAGAAACCUUACCAUGCAGCUUCCUCCUCUCGAGGGCUUCGCGGACACCGCGUGUCAGCUUGGCACAUUCUGGGACGAUGACCUCCGGACUGUAGUUCAGAUGGGCUUCAGCCAAAAUCAGGAGAAUCUCUUCUCCUCUCAAAGCUUUCAAGGUUAAUAUGAAUUCAAAGAAGAGGGGAAAACGCUAAGAAUAGGCUGUUAGUAGAGUUCAUAGCUGAUGAACUCUCCUUCUUUAUCUGAAAUUUCGUUGCAGGGUCUGUGACCAUUAGUCACAUGGAAAUUGAACUAUGAUGGCCAUGAUUGAUUCAUUUGCAAGAGGACUUUGUAUAUACCAAGGCGUUAUUUGUCAACAAUGAAACUUCAGAACUAAUCAGUAGCAAAAUUUCAUUGAUGUUGAAUUUUAGGCGUCAAUAUUCCAUAGUGGGAAGGCAGGCCCUUAGGAAUUUGAUGCCAUGAAAUUGUUUUGCUUUCGUACUAUGAUUAAUGUUAGAAAUAAUAAAUUUUGCUUCGUUUAUUGAACA